CCGUGUUUACAAAACCUGAGGCUGUUCUCUAUGCGCGGUCGUUGAUUGAUUGACUUAGCUCUGUAUGUAUUGCAACUAUGUAUGUGUGUGAAUGGCGCACAACCAACCCUCGCAUACAUGCACCACACAAUCAACGCCGUCAGAAAACUAAUCAAUCAUUCAAUCGAACACUGGCACACACACACUGGUGCUGUUUUCGUCUACAUCAGAGACUCAGUUCAUGAUUGGUGCUUGAAUCGUGAGGUCGGUCCAGUUUCGUCCAUCGAGGGUGUUUUCGUCGAAUCAUAUUUAAAACGGAUUUCAAGAUUGUAACAACAACAAGAACACUCACACAAAAACGGAAUUUAAUUCCAGGAAAAAGAGUGGACAUCCCAGUUAACAGCUGAUGCCUGCUUGUAUUUUUGAUUAAAAUUUAAAAAACAAAGAAUUCUCACCAGGACUAUAAAGACAUUACUCUUCUCGUAGCAUUUUUCGCUUACUGUUUGAUUUGUUCGUUCCAAGAUGACAACGUCUUUGCCUGACCGCUUCAGCGCUGGCAAGCGUCAGUUUUGGCGCGAGUUCUUGGCCCUCUAUCAAGGAAUGCCACAGCUAUGGGACGCUAACCAUGUCGACUACCGAAAUAAGGAACUGCGAAACAAGGCCUACGAGCUUUUGGAGACGAAGCUAAGAGAGAUCCAGCCGAAUGCAACGCGCACUGAAGUUGGGCGGCGCAUCAACAUCUUCCGGACGAACUACCGCCGCGAACAGAUGCGAAUUCUGAAGCAAAAGGAACUGGGAUUUCAUUCGGAUCUGUGCAAGCCCACGCUUUGGUUCUACGACUAUAUGGGAUUCCUUCUGACCCAGGAGUCGUUUCAACAAGGCAGAACCAGAAAAGUUCGCGGAACGGCGACCACAAAACCAAAGACGAUGUUUGAGUUUGGAAAAGAUGCCUCAUCAGACCCAUUGGAUGCUGUGAGUGACUGGCCAACAAAGGAGACAAUAGCCACCUAUCUACCAGAGCAAGGUGUGCAACAAUCAGAGGAGAGUUCGCUGCUGAGUCCGAAAAUAGAGAUCAUCGAGCAUGACGGGGAACCCAUGGAUACUGAUAGGCUCACACGAGACGGCGAUGUCAAACCGGAAAUUUGUGGCUUUAACACAUCCGACUAUAAGGACCGCAACGUCUCCACGAACGUGGCGUUGACUGUGGGCAGAGGAUCAAAUGGUACAGACGCCCAUCCAGCUUUAAGCGAGGCCUCGGAGGUGCUGGCCAAGUCUUGGGCGGUUCAGUAUGAAGAGAUGGCACCGACGCAAAGAAUCUUGGCACGAAAAGCCAUUGCCGAUAUUCUUUUUGAAGGCUGCAUGGGCAAUUUGCGAAUAAACCGUGGCGAAACACGCAGCACAGUGGGAAACCAUUUGUAGAUCUAAUAAUUAUAAAAUUAAAUGAAUAAUCAAAAAAAUAUUUUACGAGUGGUCAAUACUGUCGCUAAAAUGUUUGAAACGAGAGUAGUUUUAGCGCCAUAUACUUGGCGGCAGUGCUGCAAAGCGUAAUAUCGAGUUUCUCGAUACGGCGAACAUUAAAAUAACGCCACGAGUGGGCAUUUUAACCAAGUUGGCAGCUCAUUUAUUAUUGUUCGCAUUCCCAUCAGGGUGACAUUUUGUUUAAACCUUACUUUAUAAACAAACCCGUGAAAUGAGCUCUUAAAAUUAGCCAGUCUUGAAGGGAAAUCGAUUCGACAAUCGGAUAAAAUUAUGUAUUCACAGCUGAGAGUUCUCAUUAUUAGCAUUAUCCAAAAGAAUAUUAAAAUCGAGGAAUAUGGUUUCUAAUUAACCCAUUGUAUGCCAAGGGGUUUUUUUUAAUAUUCCACCGAACAUAACAAAUAUGUAAUCAUUUUACCGCAGUUCAGGUGAUAGAUAUCUUUUUUUUUUUGUAAGUUCAGAGGAAAGAUGGCAUGGAUCUACAAGAAGAAGUCACACUCAGUAACAUUUACAGCCAUUUACCUCAAGUCGCUGAGCUGUUUAAAUAGAGGGGGGUUAAGUGGGUUAAGUUCGAUUUCAUAUCACAUUGCUGUUGAGGCACCAAAAGUCGAACAAUUUUGAUUCAGCAGUUUUAUAUAUUGGAUUAAAUUAAGGAAACAGCUUAAAUGAUAGUUUUGAUUCUGAGCAACAGGGAGAUAAAGAAUAUGCAGACCUUCAAGGGGAUGAACAAAACAACUUUGAAGGAUUUGUUUAACUCUGGAUUCGAGCACUUCAAGGUCAGCAAAGGGCCGAAUGGGCAUUUCUUGUCCAGAAAAUGCCAGGAAAAGCUGAGGACUAAGUUACCCGCGUCGUCCUACGAGAACGUCAUGGCGUGGGCAGGUGACUGGAUAUCGAAGCUAAAUGGAGAGACUGAAGCUUCUUCGAAAGCAGAAUCGAAACAGACUAACAGUGUAACUGAGCAACCAGCAUCCGAAUCAGUCGAAGCAGCCACAAACAAACCUUCGACUAUCAUCAUUGACCUCUGUAGCGACGAAGAUGAAGAUGAAGAGACUUGCGAAAGUCUGGAUAGUUUACUCGACAGCGAAUCCAGCCUGUCGAAACCUCCGAUAAUCAUCCAUGAUGACGAGAUAGGCGAUAUAGAUUUAAAAGACUAUGCAGAUCACGUGGAUGGCAAGCUUGACUUAGAGACUCUUAAGACGCGUAAUAUUAAGAACGAAAUUAUUGCUAAAAGAGUAAGCCAGACUGCGAUCGAAGAUCGAUCGAAGGCGAGAGCCAUCCGAUCAAAGCAGAAAGCUAAACAAGACAAGCUCAGCCCGGACAAGGCACAAGAUGAGCCCACCACUCAAGUCCUUUCUGAUCAAUCAAAUCUGAAACCCAACGAAGACGGGACCCCCACCACCCCUCUCAAGGCACCAAAAGAAACCUCCCUAAGAAUUCGCACUUACCAAAAAAUUAAAAAAGUCGAACAGGACCAGAUCACUACUGGCAAGACACACGAAGAACCCAAAAUAGGAUUCCACAUGGACAAAUCGAAUAUCAGUAUCAAAGAAAAGAUCAGUAUUACCCCUCAAAAGACACAAGAUACGGCGACUAUAAGAGACACCGUUGGCAAGGCCCAGGAUGAACGCAGCAUUGAAGUCCGCUCUGAGCAUUCAAAACUGAAGUCCAGCGAGCACAGCAUCAUCACCACUCACAAGGCCCCAAAUGAGACCAUCGUAAGAGCCACCUUUGACAAGGCACAGGAAAAACCCACCAUCCUCACUGACCAAUCAAAGCUGAAGCCCAGCGAAAACAGGAUCACCAUCGUCCCUCAGAAGGCACAAGAUAGGCCCACCAUAAGAAUUCGCAGUGACCUAUUACUAAAUAGUAACAUUCCGACACCAUUUGAAAACACUCAAUUAAUUGAUGGGCCUGUGGGCCUACCUGCCAAAUCUCCAGGCUCCACAAGCUCAUCUGGCAAUCGAAAGCGAAAAGAUUGCGAUACAACGCCAGAUAAUGGUCAGAGCUGUGCCAAAAUACCAAAAGCCCUUGAGCUACUUCGUACCCACCCAAGAGUGCAUCUUCAAUUGCCAGCAGUCCAGCUUCUCCUCGAAAAGGUGGCACACUUCGCCGAUGACCAGGGGAAUUCUCAGGCGUUGACGCUUAUUAACCAGCUACUUCACAGCCUCCAGGUGGCCGAGAAAAAGAUCUGUAAUGCAGAGAAUCUCCAAUAGCAUGAUCAACAAAAAGCGCGGACUGGAUCGCAUCUUUAACGUUAUUUGUUUCGUAGAGAAUAAGAAAUUUGUAGGCUUAAAAACACACGUCCAGUUAUAUACAGGGAUAUAUAUAAUAGGAUUUUUUUUUUUUUUUUUUGGCUUUGUUAUAUGUACACGUUUAUUCAACUUGUGAUAUACGCUCGCCUAUUAUCUUUUUUGAGACAUCAUUUUUUUCACAUCAAUUCAAAUCAAAUCAUAGUAAGAAAUUGCACACUGUUUCAUUCUCAUAUUAGUUAUACCAUUUUUUUCCCCCCUUCAACAGUCCAAAAACAGCAA